GUUUGAUUGCUUCCUGCUUCUCGGAGCCCGAAUGACAUGAAAUAACACUAGCUCCCGAUCGCUCAGACGCUUCAGCGUUAGAGUCCAACAACAGGCAGACACCGGGUCAGACAGACACCAGCACUGCGAAAGGCGAUUUUCAUCCAAAACAAGCGCGAGUAAUCGACUCCACCGAAACCUACCUUAGUAAGAUCAAAGGGUCUUCAGCGCGCGUGAGGACAUCAUACACCUGUAAUGUUUACUCGUGGCUGACUGGCUUUGUUGAGCAGGGACAAGGGCGAAUAAAAUCAGGACUCAAGAUUUUACAAUAUUCAACGUUAACUUUUCGUCCGCGGGUAGAUUAAGCGGUCUUUUUGCUUUGUUCUUAGUAGUUUUUUUUGUUCCACUUUCAAGUGGCCUGUCAGGUCGCUUCGAGUACUGUGCACCUUUCUGAGUUAGGGUGCAAGGAUGGUGCUUUUCAGUGGACCUCUGAAGGUGAAAAUCGGAGAGGCUGUGGAUCUAAAACCGACCCGAUGCGCUCUCAGGCAUUCAAUAUCCAGCAAAAAUUACCAGUUAUUGGAUCCGUAUGUAAUGGUGAAGAUUGAUAAUCGGAGGGUCGGGCAGACAGUCACAAAACAGAAGACCAGCCGGCCCACAUUUAACGAAGACUUCAGUACUCAGAUCUGGAGGAGCAGCGAGAUCGAGCUGACCGUUUUCCAUGACACCCCCAUCGGAUACGACGAUUUUGUGGCCAAUUGCACCUUGCAGUUCGAGGAAUUACUGAAAAAUGGCACGAAGACCUUUGAGGGCUGGGUUGAUUUGGAGCCGGAGGGCAAGAUUUAUGUCAUGAUAGACAUGAAGGAAGUGACUUGCGAAGACCCUGAGGAACAAGUGAAAAACAAUGCAUCUGAGAGGGCAUUCAAGGAACGCAUGGUUUCCAGGAAACGGCAAGGUGCGAUGCGGCGAAAGAUUCACCAGGUCAACAACCAUAAGUUCAUGGCCACUUACCUGCGACAGCCCACAUACUGCUCUCACUGCAGGGAAUUCAUCUGGGGAAUCUUUGGCAAGCAAGGAUACCAGUGUCAAGUGUGCACAUGUGUGGUUCACAAACGCUGCCACCAGCUAAUUGUCACAGCAUGCCCCAGAAUAAAGAAAGACAAGAAAGGAGAGCAGGUAUGUGAACAAAGAUUCAGCAUCAAUGUGCGUCACCAGUUCCACGUCCACAACUACAAGAAACCCACUUUCUGUGACCAUUGUGGCUCUCUGCUCUAUGGGCUAAUUGGACAAGGGAAACAGUGUAAAGUUUGCAAAAUGAACAUUCACAUUCGCUGCGAGAACAAUGUGGCCCCGAGCUGUGGGGUGAACUCUGUGGAGCUCGCCAGGAAGCUGGCAGAGAUGGGGCUCAGUGCGGGCAGCAUAGCUACUCUGAAGAGGAGGCAGACGAGGCAAAAUCAUAAAAACCACAAGGACGACCAUGCCCCGGAUGAGACGCCCGACAGCAACGACAAGGAAAGCCAGCAAGUGCAACGCAAACUAAGCAUCGGCGAUUUCACCUUCAUCAGUGUUCUAGGAAAAGGCAGCUUCGGGAAGGUAAUGUUGGCAGAGUUCAAAGGGACGGAAGAUGUGUAUGCUGUGAAAAUACUGAAGAAAGACAUGAUUCUUCAGGAUGAUGAUGUGGAGUGCACAAUGACUGAGAAGCGGAUCUUGUCACUGGCCAAAAACCACCCAUACCUUACACAGAUCUUCUGUUGCUUCCAAACUCCGGACCGGCUUUUCUUUGUGAUGGAGUACGUAAAUGGAGGAGAUUUAAUGUUCCAGAUUCAACAAGUGCGGAAAUUUGACGAACCCCGUGCUCAAUUCUACGCUGCUGAAAUUACUUCAGCACUUAUUUUUCUGCACAAUAAGAAAGUUAUAUACAGAGAUUUGAAACUGGAUAAUGUCCUGUUAGAUUCUGAGGGACACUGCAAGUUGGCUGAUUUUGGAAUGUGCAAAGAAGGCAUCUACAGCAAUUACACAACAGGGACCUUCUGCGGCACACCUGAUUACAUUGCUCCAGAGAUUUUGCAGGAGUUGCAGUAUGGUUCUUCGGUGGACUGGUGGGCACUUGGCGUCCUGCUGUAUGAGAUGCUGUGUGGUCAGCCCCCAUUUGAAGCCGAAAAUGAAGAUGACUUGUUCGAAUCUAUCCUGAACGAUGAGGUCCUUUACCCAGUCUGGCUGAGUGAAGGCGCAAUGGCUAUCCUGAAAGCAUUUAUGAUAAAAAAUCCGACCAAACGGCUAGGAUGUGUUGCGACACAAGGUGGAGAGCAAGCCAUUUUGGACCACUCCUUCUUUCAGGGAAUUGAUUGGGAUAUGCUUGAACAGCGAAAGAUCAAGCCGCCUUUUAAACCCAGGAUUAAAACAAACAGGGACGUAAAUAACUUUGAUCGAGACUUCACUGCAGAGAAGCCUGUAUUGACACCAAUUGAUGAGGCGCUUGUCCGCAUGAUAAAUCAAGAUGAAUUCAAAGGAUUUUCUUUUGUUGCUGAAGAUGUGUGUGCAUGAAGUACGAAUUCAUCAGCACGGGAACAGUUCCAGAAAGCUCACAAGUACCAGCAUCGCAGAGCCCACCUCAAGCAAAUGGAACGGUUGGGCAGAAAGUUUAUACAGACAAUAUCGUUACAGUUACUGAAGCGAGAACUGGCAUGCUGUUUAUAUUGAUUUUUUUUGUUUGUGCAACUUUGUGAAACUGAGUGGCUUUGAAUCACUGUCCAUUAUCUUUCUACCAACCAGUCAUUUGAAUAUCAGAACUUAGGGCGUCAUGAAGCAAUCAUUUACAAAUAAGUAUUGUUAUAAUGGACCAUUAAAUUAUGCAUCUUUCAUUUGCACUUAGCUGUUUAGGUAUUUAAUUAGCUGUGUAUCUUUCAACAGAAACCAAGAUUUGCUAAUAGUAAACAGUUCUACACUUCCAUAAACUAUAUUUGACUCUUUUCAGUAGAAAUCCCCUCUUUCGUUAUAUAGAAGGAUGUCUUUUCAGACUGCCAUGUUCAUUCAUUGGGUCAAGGGUGGGUGGGAGGCAUAUCUUGCGGACUGUUUUACAUUGUAUUCAGCUUGAAGUAGACAUCACUUUGAUGCACUGUGGAGGAUUUUAGUUGUGGAAUGAAAAGUAUGAACUGUUCUGUGUAUAUAAGUUAUAGCUGUUGGCAAAUAAAUAUUAAAAAGAAUGCAUAUUUUGUAUUUAAAAGGUUUAAACUGCACCAGUUCUUGGAGUUCUACCAUUCAGGAGACACCUUUUAGCCAACCAAAUCCACAUCAACCACCAUUUUCACCAAUCCUACAUUAAUUCAAUUAUUUUUAAAAUUUCCUCAUAAGCUUCUCAACUCCCCAUAGAUUUUACUGCUUAUUUCAUUCUAGGGGCAAUUUACAGUGACCAAUUAACCUAUGAACUUGCUCAUCUUUGAGGAAACCCACACAGUCAUAGGAAGAAUGUGCAAACUCCACACAGACAGCUCCUGAGGUCACGGUUGGACCCAGGUAUCUGGCACAUUGAGACAAUGGUCCCACCAGCUGUGCCACGGCUCCAUGCCAUGCAUAUAAUCAGAUACUGUGAUUCUGAAAUAUCAUGGCAUGAAACACUAUUUCAUUGGUUAGGGUCAUAGGGCUGUACAGCACUUAAAUGGGCAUUUAGUCCACUGUGUCCGUGCCAAUUUUCUAUCCUAUUUACCUCCAGUAGGUUGAUACCCUUCGAAGACAUUCCUAUUUAAGAACCUGCCUGUGACAUAGUAACUACUGAAAAUCUAAUUCCACCAUUACCUCAAAAAGCGUUUUCUAAAUAUCAACCACUCUGUAAAAAAAAUUUCCCCUCUUUCCUUUAAAAACCUUAUUUCUCACCUUAAAGCUAAACUCUCUUGUUUCUGACUGGAAGAAGUUUCUGACUACCCUUUCUUUGCUUCUUAUAAUUUCAUAUUUCUCUAUCAGGUCACCCCCUUAGCGUCCUUCACUCCAGAGAAAACAACCACUGCCCAGCCAGUCUCUCCUCAUAACUAGUCCAGGCAACAUCCUAGGGAAUUUUCUCUGCAUGCUCUCCAGUACAACCACAUCCUUCCUAAGCUGUGAUGACCAGAACAGCACUCAUACUCCAAGUGUGGUCCAACUGGAGUCUUAUAAAAUCACAACAUGACAUCCCAACUCUAUAUUCUAUGCCCUGACCUUUGAAGGUGGGCACGCUGUACGCCUUCUCCUCAGUCUACCUUGUGUCAAUAUGGACAUGAACCCAAAGAUUCCUCUGUCCGUCAUCAUUGUUAGUGUCCCACUGUAUCCUAUCCCUAUUUGACUUUUGGAAAAGCAUCACUGUGAAGUGAGAUUUGUAGACGUCUGAAAGGGAGAGGUGUGAAGAUGGAUCCCUGCCUGUAUUUACUCUGCACUGCCUACAUUGUUAAUGCCAGAUCAAUUGUACAUUGUAUAUGUUCAUUAAAUUGUUCAAUAUUUUAUAAAUACU